CAGCGGGGAUCGAAUACAAGCGACGUGAAUCGGGACAACCAAGACCAUGGGAAAAGGUCACGCAUAUUAGCCCAGAUAAAAGCCUUGGAAUCAGAGAUUGUUGAAUUGCAAACUGAAAUCGACGAGAGAAGAAAGGAACGAGAACGCGUUAUCCCAAUGGAUGACAUCAUGUAUCCUAGAGAGCAUUUGUUACGAAUAAUUGAUCGAAUAAACAUCGGAGAAAGCAUAAAAACAGAAGUAGCAAAGUUUGUAGAAAGUGUUGAGAACGAAAGUAACCUCCCUGGGUUCUUUAAGGGCUUUGUUCAAUAUGCGAAAUUGAAUCACCAGCGCACUAUGCUGUUUGACGCUCUAAAGAGAAAAUUCCCUGAUCUGACCACGUAUGGUGACGACCUAACUCAUGAAAGGAGCAUGACGGAAGGAACUUCUGACGUGGGCAACGAAAUCUGCCAUUUAUUACGAUUCACCUCCCAAACAGCCGAUGUAAUAUUUCUCUGGAGGAACAAAGCAUCGGACAAAGGGGAGAUAUUUCCUGAGGUACAAUUGUAUCCAAGGAUGCCAAAGCAGU